UGUUUUUGAUGUGGGAAACCACCAAAAACAUUUAAAUGAGUUGGUGGCAAAAUAAACAACUAUUGUGGUUGAGAGCGUGCAACCUUUAUAAACGCUCUUAAAAUAGAUUAUGAUUUCUUUGCAAUUUCAGGUUUUCCAGCCAGGCUGUUACCAAAACAAAGAAAUGAAAUGGUAAAAGCAUGUUUUAGGUAAAACAAACGGAAGAAACGUUCAGAAGAAUUAACAGGACACUUCCUAUCUCCUCACAUUUCACCUGAAAGUGCUCAUGCCUGCUUGCUCAUCCAAUCACCCUUUUAUUUUGCUUUUCUCCAGCAAUGCCUCCUUCUACCAGAUCGGCUAAGCAAGCUGCUACAAAUAGAGUUAAAUUAGGCAAGGCAAAAAAACGAGAUGCUAAAACAGUCAAGAGACAGACUUUUAACUCUAAUAAGGCUAGGGGGAAAGCAGUGUUUAAAAAGGUGGAAGACACUGGGAGAGCUAAAAACCAAAAGCGUAAUCUGAACCCUCUUGUAAAGGAGCUGAGAAGCACUGAAGUCAGUAAAUCUGUCAGUGGUGCUUCCCAGCGACUGCAGGGUGGCAUUCAAAACACCUCCCUGGGAAUAGGAUCAGCAAGAAUAAGACGCUUGGAUAAUUCCCUGAAGCAGCAUCAUGUCUCUGGCCAUAGAAUGUCGCUACGGGGCAAACCCGUCUUUCAAAGCCUUCCCCAAGCUCCCAAGCCAAGCAGAAAAUGGAGAAAAUCUAGGUGCAGUCUGCCAGCACGACGUAGUAAAUGUGAGGCUAGCGAAACCACUCCGGAGGCAGACUCGGAACAGAGAGAGAUGGCUGAACUAGUUUCAGGUGAUAACCUGGCAAAGCAUGAAGCAGCCUUGUGUCCUGAGGAGAGCCCUGUCACUAGUGGUAAGGGGGACGCUGAUACAGAAAGCAUUCACACAGCGGAACAGCUGCCUGCAGUGGAAAAUGUUGCUGUCACCAACUCCCUGGAAAUUGAGCCUUGUCCCGAGGCAAAUUUUGAGCAGGAAAAAUCUAGAAGCGCAGAGUUAGGUUCAGGAGCCGAAUCUGGCCUCUCAAGCCAGGCUUCAAGUUUGAUUUUAAAUGUCUGUGCUGCUGAGUCUCACCAAAUGGAAUUGCAAGACAUGAGCACAGACCUUUCUCAAUCAAACACCACUCUGAAAGAUUCUGAAUCCCUUACCAGCAAUUCAGUGUCACAAGAAGAGCCAGACGGAGAGGAUCCUAUUUUGGAUGCGGAACCUAACUUGACCUUGGCAUUAGUGAGCCCAAAGUCCCCAAAAAGUUCUUCAGCUGCCCCUGAAGACCCAGAGACGUGCUCAGAGAGUUUAAAUCCCUCUAACCCAAAUCCAGUCGAUUUAUCUGAGAGAGGAUGUGGACUUGGAGAGUUUUUAAAGUCCAAAGAAGGUUCCACCAACCCUGAGACCUGGAUAGGGUUGAACUUGGAUUUUCAAAGCCCAGCUUUACAUUAUAAUAUGAAUAAGAGGAAUUCCGAUGUUUCCAACUCCACAUCUGGGCUAGAAUCAGGAUCCCAAACUGAAGGCAGUAUAGAAACCAAAUUAAACUCUGGUUCAGAGAGCACCACAUACGUGUGCAAGAAGGAACAAGGGUCUUGCAGCAUGGAUUUGAACACAUUGGGAGUUUUGCUUCUGUUUCCUCAAGCCGGUUCAUCUAACCCAGAUGGUGGUCAGCGAACUCCUUCUUCUGUUACUGCUGGGAAGAAGAAACGGCGCCGGUGUGGCACCUGCGAGCCCUGCCUCCGGAAAGUGAACUGCGGGGAGUGCAGCUGCUGCAGGAACCGCAAAACCGGCCACCAGAUCUGCAAGAUGAGAAAAUGCAACGAGCUGAAGAAGAAACCGCUGCUUUCAUCCCAUGAGGGGGUGUGCAAGGAUAUAAUCAAACCACAAAGAAAAAAAAGAGUUUCCAAGGUUAAUCCAGAAGGAAGAUCAGUAAAUGGCACAAAACCAGGCCAGAUGGAAGAAGGCCUUUUCAUCCCAGCAGAGGAAUGCGGCUCACAGCUUAACCCCACCCCACCCAUGGUGAGUGAAUCAAAAGAGGAAGAAAGCGGAACCAUUUUGGAAAAAAAGCUCUCUGAUUUGGAUGAGGAUCAGACCCUCAGCCUCAGUCAUAUGAAUGGGGGCUUCCAAGCAACAGGGAAAGCUCAAGAAAACUUGGAGCACAGCGGAGAAGAAAAGCCCAAUUGUUGUAGCUUCUCACCUGAACCUCCAGAAUCAUUUGCACAAUCCUCCCGAAACGGAAUUAAAUGGAAAGGCGACGCUUUAACGGAAUCUACUGUGCCCUUUAAAAAAAUCAAGCUGGAAGACCCUCGGUAUGGAUAUAAGAAUAUAAAUGAAAACAGAGUAAACACUCUGGCACAAUUAGCAAACCUUAGCAAUUAUAACAAUGCCUUGAGCACUUUGGCAGCAGUUGUUUGCUCUGAAGAGCAGGACUGCAGUCCCGCAGCACAGACGACCAUUACUGGUGGCUACAAUGGUCUUUGCAGCCCGAACUGCACUGUUUUGCACACUGAAACUUGUGAAAAUAAGCUGGAGGAUUGGAGAUUUUCAGUCAAUAGUGAAUCUGAAAAUGGUGCUUUAAAUCUACCAAAAGUGGACACCUCCUCUUUCUGUGACUCUCUUGUAAUUUCUCAGCCAGGUCUCUUAUCAUUAGUGGAGAACAGAAACAUCAGCUUUGAACAGGCGAUAGCAAUCGACGCUCUUACCCAGUUAGCAGAAACUCCUCUGCAGUCUUUAUCACAAACAGAACAGAACACAGAGUCGCCUGCAAACCCUGAUUUAGUUUUAAAAAAAGAGUUUCACCAGCAAGAAACUGAACAGCAGCAAACCUACCCCUCUUCAGAACAGAACUACCUUAGCAGCUCAGUCCCAAAUCAGGAUUCUUUCAGCAGCUAUUUGAGUAAACAAAACAUACAUACCGCACCUAGUGCAUCAGUUAACAGGCUUUCUUUGCUGGAUUUAUUUAAUGCCAGCUUGGCUGCUGAUACAUCUCCAACAUGUGUAACUAGUGAAAACGGAUUUCAUUACAGUGAAGCAAAAAGCAAUUGUGAAGACAUACAUUCUCAGCCCCAAAAAGUGCAAUUCAAGGAAACCUUUCAUUCAGAUAGCGAUUUGUUACUUAAUAGGGUCAGAAAUAAAGAUGAAGAAGAUGUAGCGAUACAACUAGCGCAACUGGCAUUCAUAAUCCAAUCAAGUCAGCAGGAUGCUCUAAACGCUUCACAUAUAGAUAGCCAGCCCCAGCAGCAGCAUGGACUGGAGAACAAUCUGCCCCAAGGUUUACCCCUUCAGGAUGUAAAGCACAAUCAUUUUCCGCAAAAUUCAAAAAAGCCUCCAUUGAAGAAAACAAGAACGUCACCAUUCAAACAGAGAAUAUCAAAGAAGGCCCAGCUAGCAGCUCAGAAACUGGCUGAUGAAAAGGACCAAGUUGAACACAUCUGGGUACAGUCACAGCUCAAUCAAGUUAGCCAUUUCCUCCAUCAAGGAUCCAAAGCUAAGCUACCGGCGGCGACUCACAGAACCAAAGUUCAGAAGGUGUUGCUGCAACGUCAAGCAGUGCAGCCGCGGAAGUCACACCCGUUUCUUCCACGGACUCAGAUCCAGCUGAAAAGCAAGCUGCCAGAUGUAUCUCAAGAAACAAAGGUGCUUUAUCACCCCAAGAGUUCCCCAUCCUCAAAUUGUAUCAAAUCAGAGUUUUUGGAUGAUCAGUCUCUUUACAUAGGAUCAGGAUCUCAUGUCAUUGGUCAACACCUUAACUGUAAAGACAUCCUUUAUAAUCCCACUUCCGAAUUGAAAUUAGAUAAACGGGUCAAAACUGAAAGGUUGACAGCUUACACAGGAGUGAAAGUUGAACAUGACUCAAAUUCUCAGGUACUUCAAGCAACAGAUGGUGCUAUAGGGAGGAAUGAUCCUUACAACACUGAGGACACUAAAAACAGAAUCGAACUGCAAUAUCGACAGAACUUUCACCUGUCAGAAACACAUGCUGGCAACUCUGCAGGGGGACAAACUCCAUCAACCUCAGAGAGAUGUAUAAAAGUAGAGACCUCUGGAGCUGUUACCAUCCUGUCAACUUCAAAUCUAGACACCGAUGAAGCGGAACCUGACUUAGUUGGGGGGUCGAUGCCGACUAAGAACACCUUGAACAGCUUCAUGGAAUCGCCCAUGAAGUUCUUGGACACCUCAACAAAAAAUCUGAUUGAUACCCCUUCCAAAAAAGGAUUUGAAUUUCCAACCUGUGAUUGUGUUGAACAAAUUAUAGAGAAAGAUGAAGGCCCUUACUAUACACAUCUUGGAGCAGGACCAAGUGUUGCCGCUGUAAGGGAAAUUAUGGAAAGCAGGUAUGGUGAGAAAGGGAAGGCGGUUCGCAUUGAAGUAGUUAUUUACACGGGGAAGGAAGGAAAAAGUUCUCAGGGAUGUCCAAUAGCAAAGUGGGUGAUCAGACGUGGCAGUGAGGAGGAGAAGCUGCUGUGUUUGGUGAGGCAGCGAGCGGGUCAUCGCUGCCAGAACGCUGUGGUGGUCAUCCUCAUUCUGGCUUGGGAAGGGAUUCCACGCCUCGUGGCUGAUACUCUCUAUCAGGAGCUGACCGAGACCCUGCGGAAGUAUGGCUCCCCGACAAGCAGAAGAUGUGCACUGAAUGAAGACCGCACUUGUGCCUGCCAAGGCCUGAACCCAGAGAAGUGUGGGGCCUCGUUCUCGUUCGGCUGCUCGUGGAGUAUGUACUUCAACGGCUGCAAGUUCGCCCGGAGCAAAUACCCGCGCAAAUUCAGACUUCUAGGAGACUACCCCGAGGAGGAAGGAAAGCUUGAAAACAACCUGCAGAGUUUAGCUUCGGAUAUCGCUCCAGUGUAUAAAAAACUUGCUCCAGAAGCAUUUCAGAAUCAGGUAGAUCAAGAAUAUUUGGGCCCAGACUGCCGUCUAGGUAAAAACGAAGGCCGGCCAUUCUCUGGUGUCACAGCAUGCGUCGACUUCUGUGCUCACGCACACAAAGACACGCACAACAUGAACAACGGAAGCACUGUAGUUUGCACUUUAACGAAGGAGGAUAACCGGGCUAUCAGGAACAUGCCUGAAGAUGAGCAGCUGCAUGUCCUGCCUCUCUACAAGAUCUCCCAGACAGACGAGUUCGGCAACGAGGAUGGGCAGCGGGCGAAAAUGCAGACCGGCGCCAUCCAGGCUCUCUCGGCUUUCCCCAGAGAGGUGCGUUUGCUGGCAGAGCCGGUGAAGUCAGCGCGGAAAAAGAAAAUGGAGGCAAAACGGGCAGCAGCCGAAAAACAAAACAACCAGGACAAGAAACAAGCUGCUCCUGUGAAGCUCAAAGAUGGAGGCGUCAAUGGGCAUAACAGCUCUCAAACCUUAUCAGCAGGUUGUAAAGGAGGUCCUUUGGAAAUGGAGCCUCAAGACUACUACAGUUCAUUUAAAUUGGCUAGAGAAGCCAGUCUUGGAAACUACAUACCGAUAUUAGGAAAUUAUAACCCUUCCUCCCCUUAUGACUUCAGCAGCAUGCACCCUUACUCUUCUGUAAUGCCCAGCGCCAGUAUGGAGGCAGUUCCUUCUUUUCAUCAAAACUUUCCUAUUCCAUAUGGAUACAUUGGCUUCCCUGGUAACCAAACCUUCGCUCCCCCCUACCGUGAAUACAGCAGCGGCUUUGAGGUGGCAGUGAAUGGGUUCACAGCUGACGUCCCAAACUCACAGCUGUCGCAGCAGAAGAAUGUUGACAUCAAGGACAAGUUUUCGAUCCUGCAGCGUCCUCAUGAAAGCUCACCAGUGCCAUUCCACUCAAAAGCAUCUGAGGCGCAUAAAAACAGACCCAACGGGUUUCAUAAAACACACGUAGGAAAGGACUAUCAUAUCCCACCAUCGGGGCACACACAAGGGACCAACAACAACUGCAAAGUGCACAACGGAGAAAUCCCUUGUCUGGUAGGGCAUGGGGCUACCAAAGGUCAAGCAGAGGAAGUAUGGUCCGACAGUGAACACAACUUCCUGGACAGAGACAUUGGUGGAGUCGCCGUUGCCCCAUCCCACGGUUCCAUCUUGAUUGAAUGCGCCCGACGCGAGCUUCAUGCCACCACCCCAAUCAAGAAACCAAACAGGAACCACCCUACCCGUGUUUCCCUGGUCUUUUAUCAGCAUAAGAACUUGAAUGAGCCCAAACACGGGCUGGCACUUUGGGAGGCUAAGAUGGCGGAAAGAGCGAAGGAGAGAGAGAUGGAAGCUGAAAGGCUGGGUACCACUGAGAGUAUUGCCAAGCCUCGCAACAAGAAAUCAAAGCCGAGCGUCAGCGAAAAGGAGGAUGUUAUACAUGAAGAUACUGAAUUGGUUCAGAUUCCUACUCGCAGGGCGUUAACGAUAUCUAGGGACGGGGUUAUUACUGUAUCUUCAUAUGCCCUGACACAAGUUACAGGCCCUUACAACCGUUGGGUUUGAACUUUCCAUUGUGUUCUUGCUGCCUUACCUCAAUGCUUUUGAUCAUAUUUAUGGUGCUGUCAGAUUUGACUCAUUGUUUUGUAUUGUUUUCAUCUCAACUGUCUCAGCUGAGGUUUUAUCAUUGUGUGGGUUUUUAACUGUGACAAUAGGAUUAUUUGUACGUGUUUGUAAGCUUUUUUCUUUUUUUAAAGAAUGGUGCUAGAAGCAGAUUUUAAGGAAUUGCGGUUUUACAAUUUUUAUAUACAGGUCAAAUAAGGAAGUACAAAUGCAAAAUAACUAUUUAUUAUGAUCAUAUGGUGUCUUUAAGGCUGUCUUACGAGGUGUUUCCAACACGAGGAGUUUCGUUUCUGGUGCUUUGAUAAGGUCUGUUUACGGCAAUUGUACUCUAUAUCAAUUUACAUUGAACUUGCAAUUGAACUUAGGGUUAAAUUUAUGGUGCAGAAGUUAUAUAUCAUUCAUUUUAUGUUUUAAUGUUGAAUAAUACAGCUUCUGGUGCUCUUUUUUUAAAUAAGCAAUUUGAUGGUGCCAAUGGAGCAGCAACUUUCGGUUGUUGCUGAAAACUGCUGUUUACAUAGGUCUUUAAAAAAUAUCAGUAGCAUUAUAUAACACUUUGUACUUUGAUUUUCGAGUGUUAUUUGAUUGUGUUGGGCUUAUUCUAAAAAUUGAAACGCAAUGAAGGAAAGGUACAUUUUUUUUGGUUUUGUCUGAUUGUUAAAAACAUUUUGUUUGCAGCCUGUAAAUAUGAAAUAAAAGCACUUUUUUUUUUUUUUAAUAACUUGAAAUAGCAUAAGCUUGGUUUAGAUACUGAAAGUGAUCGGGAAGUACUUUUUUCAAUACUGAAAAUCACCGUAAUGUAUAUAUUCAUGGUGACUUUCAUUACAGUAGUGAUUAUUUUUAUAAUUAUAUUUGAUCGUUACAGAUUUCUGAUUGUAGUCUGCAGAAAAAUCAACUAAACUAUGAACUGAACAUAGUGAUAUUGUACAAUGCCUCAUUUAAGUGACGGACAAAAUGAUAAAUAACCUGAAAAGCUAGGUUUAAAGAGAAAAUACACUCAAUAGGGAGCAAUUAUAAGUUACUUUGCUGGCAGUUUUUUUAAAUAAAUAUACUGUUUGUUAAAAAAAAAAAAAAAAAAACAAGAAAAAGAAAACAAUGUUCAAGUCAACAUGUCUUUUAAGAUAAGAUCAUUACAAUCACAUGUUAAAAAGUGGCAAGUUAUUAAUUCAGAUAUUAAAUUAGUUAUUUUUUUAGUUAUUAAAAAUGAUUUUGGGACAAACAUUAAUUUAAAAAUAAUUGAUUUAUUAAAUAACAAAUAUCAAGUAUUUAGUCCAACACAUAAUCACUUACCUCUAACCUGAACAUAGGCUAUCUGGGUGUUACAUUUCAACAAUUGAAUGAGGGAAACUGACUGAGAAAGUCAUGUGCGUUUGAAUUAUUUUUCAAGCCUUGCUUAAACAUUGGAAAAAGUAGCUUUAGCAAAGCUUCUGGAGCCUAGGGUUACAUUUUAAUCAUGGCGCUGCUAUCCCUUUUGCGUUUAGAAAAACACCAAAUAACAAAAAAAAAGCUGCUGUUAAAGGUGCUGUGCCUGAUUUAUGCAGUGUUGGCAUUAAAUCACUGCACACAAUUAUAAUAGUGUGUGUUUGGUACUUUUUAAGUACGAGGUUAGCAGUGAGGUAAUUCAAAUGUAAUUCUAGCGCUAGGCUGUGUCUGCAGCAACAAGCAUUCCAUUAGGGCGCAUUACAUGAGAAAGGUCCCUAGCAACGCAUGCCAUGAAUCUUUUCUUCUGCUUCAGGUAGUAUUGCAUGAUACACACGUGUCAUAAGGGUUCCCACAUAUGUUAAAACGUCGAAUGCCAUUGGCUGUUUAGAGAUUAUGAACUAUGUUAGGAACAAAUAUUUUAACAGGCAGUAUUUAAAACGUAAAUACCUUUUCGGUUUACACUUUCUGUUUAAAAAAGUGUACUAUACAUUUUAGUAAACAAGUUGUUUAAAAAGCGCAGCAAUUCUCAUAAAAUGAGAAUGUUGCUUAGAUUUUUCACACUGCUAUACCAGUCUUUGGUUAAUUAUUGUUAUUUCAGAAAAGUUGACCUCUUUAAAUAAUCAAGUUCUUUAAGGCUUGAAAUCAGAUUUGGGGAUUAUUUACAUUACUGUACAUCAUCUUGACUGAAUAUUUGUUGUAUAAUGGCAGUUUACAGUCAAAUAUUAUAUUGUCUGCCUUUGGCAUUGAAAACUGUGCUUAUUAUAAAUUCCUAAUCGUGGUGCUAUAUAGUAAAUACAAUAAACCAUGGGUUAUACCACAUAAAGUGUAGAACCCCAGACUGUCCAGUGUGCUGUGACAGUGGAUGCACAGUAAUGAUAAGCAAGGCUGUAAAGUGUAGUUUCUUACAUCGGUUGGCAUUAUCACUGAUCUUCUUGCCCUUGUGCAGAAGAUACUUUAGUUAAUUGCUUGUUUUUACUUUAGUUAGAGAUGUAUAGGUUUUUAAAACCGUUGCUCCCAGUCUCGUGCAGAAAGUUAGUUUUACUUUCCUAGUCUGGCCUCCAUCCCUCGAUCCAGAUCAUUGAAGUAAGGCCUGCAGCGAAGGAAUUGAUUUGUGCCAGGAAGCAGCGGUUUCAGCUUUUUAAAUAUAUUUUGUUAUAUUUUAAAAUGUCCCAAAUUAGAAUAAAAAAUACAAAUAAAAAAAGAAACUUCCAUGCAACAGUAAGGAGUCAGUGAUUAUGAGCCUUUUAACAAAUCUUUACCUCACGAGUUAUUUAAAGAACUUAAGAAAGGUUAUGAGCAAGAGGGUCCCAAUGACUCAGUGACAACAAGGGGGUUUGGUAACUCACCACUAUCCUCUGUUCUGUGUCUGUUCACCUCAUUUGCAGCUUGUGCUCUCUGUUCCUAGUGUCUGUGCUGUGUUUUCCAUGUUGCUUCUUCAACAGUAUCGAACUGUUUUCAUUACAAAAAAAACACACACAAUGAAAAGACAUUCUUUAAAUAACUUUAAGCUUUUGUAAGCUGUCGGUGUUAGCCAUUACGCUGUAUAACCACAAUUGCCUAACCCGUUCUUUGUUUUAAUUGUACUUUCAAUAUUAGGACUGCACUUGCUACAUUUAAAGAAAUGUUAACAGUACUGUACUUUUUGCCUAAUAUUUUAAAUGAGGCCAGAUUUAAAAUACUCGGUGGUGCAUUCAAUAUUGAUUCCUUAUUAGCCCAGCUCAAUUGGUGCUUUCUGUAAAACCAGUAUACAGGAGCAACAGGAGCAUAGCUAUUUGCCGAUUGUAACAGGAGCAUGGCUAUUUGCUGAUUGUAACAGGAGCAUGGCUAUUUGGCCCACAGAGUGACGGGGG